GGAACUGGAGAAGGAUACAGUAGUUAGACAACAAAGGAAUAUUAGGAAAUUAUAAAGGAGCUGAUCAAUGAGAACUAUUUAUUUACCAGGCAGGGAAUAACAUCCAUUGGGGUAAUACCUCCGCGAGCGAUUCGCUUGCUUGUCCUACGUUGUUCUUUUCUCCGACAAGAGCAACUCACUAGUAGCUCCUCCUCCUCAUCUCUUCCACACCUCUCGAUUAAGAUCUGGGAUUCUGCAUCUUUGGAUUUAUUUACCUCUUAUCGUCCUACAAUCUCUUCCACCGAUCGAGUCUGUCUCUCUGCAUCAUGGGCUCGUCCUUCCCCGCCAACGUCCACGUCUCCGCACAUCCCUGCCUCCGCGCGAAGCUGUCGCAACUGCGCUCCCAUGCGGCAUCUACACGAGAAACAAAGCUCCUCGUUCAUGAGAUCACGACGAUUCUCGCCUGUGAAGCUCUAGGCCAGACGCUGACCGUCACGGAAACCGGAAAGGAUAAGACACCUCUUGGAGUCGAAUAUACAACGGAGGGCCUGGCACCGUCGAGUCUGGCUCUGGUACCGAUUCUUAGAUCGGGAUUGGGGAUGUUGGAUGCCGUCCAAUCUCUCCUCCCAGACGACAUCCCCGUCCACCACCUCGGUCUCUUCCGCGAACGCUCCACCCUCCAACCCGUCGAAUACUACAACAACCUCCCCUUCCACCGUCCAGACACAUUCUCCAAGACCGACACCACUUCAGCACCCAACGAACUCGCCGCUCACACCGCCAUUCUCGUCGACCCCAUCAUCGCCACCGGCGGCACGGCGGAUGCUGCAAUCCAGCUCCUGCGCGAAUGGGGCGUCAAGCGCAUCCUGUAUCUCAGCGUCCUGGGCUCCGAAGGCGGCGUGCGUCGCGCUGCGCAGGAGUGGCCGGAAGGCGUACAGGUCUGGGUUGGUGCGGUUGAUCAGGCCUGCGAUGAGCGUGGGAUGAUCGUGCCGGGUUUGGGAGAUAUUGGUGAUCGACUCUUUAAGGCUGUUGGGAAAUAGGGACCAAGAGACGUGAAUUAGAUCUAUUGAUUUCCUUCUUUUUCUUCUUCUUAAAUCUAACUCGUGAAUUUGCGACGUCUAGGGUGUAAUGAAUCGUGCCCUGCAUCGAGAUCGGGGUUCAAGAUCCGAGAUAUAGAAGAUGAGAGAUGAAUAUGUGAUAUAAACUAGCAGGUUAAUGCACGUAUCGGAAUGGGAAAUAAAUUGCAUACAUCUUGAAGAAUAGUGUAUACACUUGUUGUUAGGGCCGGGGAUGGGAAGGUGAAACUUGACUCGAGACGGCCUUUAAACAAGUCAAGACUUUCUUGAGUUGUAGCUACAGCUUUAACAUAUCAGCUACGGUGACUACGAAUUAAGCGCCUAGAAUUGUCCCCAAU